UUUUGCUCAGGCUACGGCCCUGAUUAGGCAAGCUGCAUACAACCGCACUUCACCCUCCUCCUGUGACCCGAAACACCUGAACUGGAAAUACUACUUUUAUUCAGUUUUGGCAUUAUUUCAUCAUGAAACAAGGUAAAAUAUUUGAGAAAGCAUCCACAUCAGAGGAUUUUGUGGAGAAAAGGCCGUCUUCAGAAUGGCAGCCCUCGAUUCUACGAUCAAAAGCCUUAGUAGUGGCAGUAGUAUUUGUUGUCUGUGCCCAAGAGACAGCGCUAUCGGCAACAUUAGAACCAAUAAUGCCUUGUCUGCUCUCCGAAGAUGCUACUAGUGAUAGUUGUAUAACGCCUACAACGCAAAGCGCCACGAAUUUUAAGAAGUACGCCGUGCAAGCUGGGGUUAUAUUAGGUGUAAAAUAUUUUACUGAAAUAUUAUGCAGACCAAUUUCAGGUGUAUUUAUUGACAGUUUUGGUUACAAAAAUCCAUUGCUACUCGGAGCUGUUCUGGAUGCGUUGUCAACGCUAUUGUUUGCAUUUGCCAAGCCUUUCCCAUUGCUUGUCCUAGCUCGUGUUGUUCAAGGGAUUGGAUCUAGUAUAAGUGGAGUUGCAGCUCUUACGAUGUUAACAAUAACAUAUGACAACGAAGUCGAGAGAUCAAAAGCUACCGCAACAGCUUUUGGUGGAUAUGCCGUGGGAAUGCUUGGAGGUUACGUUCUUGGUAGUAGUACAUAUCAGCCACUCGGUCGUCGUGCGCCCUUCUUAUUCUUAACGGGAUUUAAAGUUUUCGAUGGUGUUUUCCGUAUGCUAGUGGUUUGGUCACAGAAAGCAGGUAGUAAAGGAGAUCAGUUAGAAUUCGAGGACACAUCUGUUUCACUGAAAGCUUACUUGAAGAUUGUUGGUGAUCCUUACAUUCUCCACGGUCUGGGAACUGCUUUUGUUGAUGUUCUUGCAUAUGCCCCUAUCUUGACCAUUGCACCACCGUGGCUUUAUCAAGUGCGAGCGGCGCAGGAGUGGCAAAUCGGCAUUGUUUUUCUGAUCUCGGGAAUUGCGCAACUUUUGAUGAACGAGACAGUGUCACUUCUCCUGAACUACAUCGACAAAUGGGUCUUUGCUUGUUUAGGGCUGCUUUUUUAUUCGAUUUCGUACACAGCAUAUCCCUGGGCUACAACAGUGUGGGAGGCUAUAGGACCUAAUAGUUUACUCUGCGCUGGUUUUGCACUUAGCCUUUCCGUUAUAACACCUAUUAUGGUCGAACUUGUUAAAAUGAGACAUUGCUCAGAGUUUGGAACUAUUAUAGGUCUGCAAACUAGUGCCCAAAGCUUAGGAUUUGCAAUAGGAGCUUCUUGCAGUGGUGCUGCCAUGACAGCUUCUUCUUUUGAAUGGAGCUGCUACUUGUGGGCCCUUAUUUCAUUCCUAGGUUCUGAGAUGUGUGUGUGUAUGCUCUUCCACGCUGUGCCAUCAACAACGCAGGUACAAAAGCGACCUGAUAACCAGUCAUAUGAAUUAUUUUUACGCAGUGAAAAUGACAGCCAAGAAGAUGAAUAAAGGACAGUAAACCAUAUAAGUGUGAUAGCAUUCACGUUUUUCUGUGAUAAACUGUAAGAACAAACAAAAGAGGAGAUAUUGAUUCUUGCUCAUCCAAAAAUAUUUUGCGCAGACAUUUUAAUCAAUUCACAUCCAAACGCAGGGGCAGAUCCAGGAUUAUUUGAAGGGGCGGUCCGUGGAUAUGAAACCGACCCUAAAAAUCCCUAAAAAUCUAAACUUUUUGUUGAAUGCAUCUGUAGAUUAACAGAAAUUGCGAAAUGUGUUGUCUCACCAGUCACAAUUAUUACCUCAAGCUGUAACUUCUGACCUUUACCCAGACUCAGCUUUGUUAUCGCUGGAUGACGUAUUCGGGUAUUAAAACAACAAUCACGGGGGCUAUGAACACCUUUAAACACAACAAUCAAAGGCAAACCAAUGUUUAUUUGUUUUUCUUAAUCAACAACAAAUAAAUUGUAACUGUUCGCUUUCAAAGGAUUUGGGAAUCAAGCCAGGUUUUCUAUGCUGGCUUUUCAUGGUGAAUAAAGCAAUGCAAUUAAACCUUUUCAUGGGUAAAUUUGAAUGAACACAAACCUUUAGAGAAAAAUUGAAUAAUUGUUAUUGAAACUUUCUUUAUUUGCACCACGUUGCUAUAAGGAGAACGCUAGCAGCUGGCUUCCAAGCUAAGCGACCAGGGCAUAUCGUUCAUUACACCUGUCAAAACCAACACUUGGGCAGGCGAUUUAGUCCAAUUGCAAAUCAAGAUAAGGCAAAACAGACUGAAGGAGAAGAAAUUCUGCUAUCCUUUUGGAUCGCCAUAUCGAUAGAUUUCUCAACCACUGUCACAAUCAACCAUGGCAACUCUUGGUGCCCAACUUUCACCCCCAGAAAAGUUACCGCGGAUCCGCAGGGACCAAAA